AAGAGGCCACCGUUGGAGGCGUGGCCACGCAGCGGGGCAAUGGCGGACGCGGCUCACGUGCCGGCCGCGGUGGAACCUCUGCCUCCGUCUAACAUGGCUUCUCCGGGGACACUGAACCUCAACAAUGAGGUUGUGAAGAUGAGAAAAGAAGUAAAGAGAAUCCGAGUGUUGGUUAUCCGAAAACUUGUUAGGAGUGUUGCCAGACUGAAGUCAAAAAAGGGUUCUGAAGAUGCCCUCUUAAAAAACCAAAGACGGGCACAGAGAUUACAUGAAGAAAUCCAUGCUAUGAAGGAAUUGAAACCUGAUAUGGUAACUAAAUCUGCGCUUGGUGAUGAUAUCAACUUUGAAAAAAUCUGCAAAAAGCCUGAUUCUACUGCAACGGAAAGAGCAAUUGCCCGAUUAGCAAUGCACCCUCUUCUGAAGAAAAAAAUAGAUGUGCUAAAAGCUGCUGUAAAAGCCUUUAAAGAUGCAAGACAUAACGAAGUCAAGUCAUCAAAGAAUGCAUCAGAAGAGAAUCAUUCCAAGGACACUUUGUGUUCAGAUAAUGCCAGUAAGUUACAGCAUGAAGGAACUAUUACCAGGGAGCAAAAGGAGAAAGAAGCCAAAAUAUUGGCAAAGAAACCAUUAAAUAAUUCAAAAGAAAAAAUAGUAGCCAAGAUAAAACAGGGACCCAAAGCAGUAGACAUGCCAGAUUCACCAUCAAAUCCAUCUGUAAAGAAUUCUGCAGUUCCCUCGGGACACCCAAAGAUAACUGCAAACACCAAAAUGAAAACAUUAAGUCAGGCCUCGAAAAAGAAUGAGUCUGAUAGCUCACUCGAUGGUAAUAGUGAUGAAGAAUUGGAUGAAGAAGAGAAAGAAUAUUUUGAUGAUAGCACAGAAGAAAGGUUUUAUAAACAGUCUUCCAUGUCUGAGGAUAGUGACUCCUCUGGUGAUGACUUCUUCAUUGGGAAAGUCAGGCGGACAAGAAAGAAGGAAAGUAAUUCUCAGUCGUCUGUGAAGGAGCCAAAAAAGCACCCCAAGUUAUUACCUGAAGGAAACAUACUGGAUACCCAUCAGGAUUGUAGAGAUGACUUAAACAGGUCAAAUACAGAAGUAAAGAAGUUUGAAUCAGUGUUUUUUAAUUCUUUAUCUGGAACUAAAAACUCUCGAAGAAAUUACAGAGAACAGGCUCCCAAAAGCACAACCCCAGAUUUUCAGCAGAAUGAACCUCAGAUCAAGAAUCAAGUUAGCAAGAAUGCACAAAGAGGAUUUAAAAACAUGAAACAGCAAUCACAACUGCCUCUUCAUCCUUCCUGGGAAGCAAGCAGAAAGCGAAAAGAACAACAGUCAAAAAUUGCUGUGUUUCAAGGGAAAAAAAUUACAUUUGAUGAUUGAUUAAUCUUUUUAUGAAUUUCUCUGUCAAAAACUUAAUUUUUCUGUGGGCCAGCCCAUCAUUUAGUCAUCUCAUUAUUUAAAAUUUUAUUUGAAUAAGUUUUUUUGAAGCUAAUAAAUAUAUUUUUAAUAGUAUGUUUAAACUAUAUUUACAUAAGCCUCCCACUAAUCAAGUUACAUUCAAAAUUUUUAAUUCUGUACUGUAGAAUCUUCUCUAACAAUUUUGAGAUUAUAGAUAUCAGAUAUUCUCAUUUGUGCUUAUGAAGUAUAUCCCACAGGUUCAAUGCUUUCUUUGCCUGGAAAAAUACAUAGUAAGGUAUAUUUAAUAAUAAUAGAAAGGUAUGAGUAAUUAUAGCUAUUUUGAGCAGAUUGCUUUUGCAUUUAAUUUUGAACAGAUAAGACAGGAAAGGUGAAAAAAUAUUUCUAUGCGUACCAAGAUACAGUCAAACUGCAAGGGGUUAGGUCGCUCUCCUCCAGACCGUGAAGUCUGCCAUGACUUCUUAUCCCACGAGCAAGGAGUUCAGGUCCACUGCAGUUACAAGGAAGAGUCCUCCCAAGAUCACUUUUGUCUACUUGGCACCAACUGCAGGUUUGGCAGGGACAUGGGGGUGUGAGGUUGGGAUCCCCAAGGCCCCUCAGGUUUAAAAAUUCAUUAAAAAAUUUGGAGAAGUCACUAAAGACUUUUAUAUUUAUAGUUAUGGUUAUUAUUUAUUAUAGAGAAAAAGAUACACCUUAUAAUAGGGCAAAGAAAGUUACGUUGGGCCAUAUUUGUAGGACUCUAAAGGCAAAAGAUCACAUUAUCAUCAAUAUACACCAUCACCAAUCUGAAAAACUCACUCAAGCUUUCUUCACAACAGAACUGGGGGGACUUCAUAUAGGUGUGAUUAAUAAGUGUAUCACCUACAUAUUUAUGAUAGGCAGUUUUAUACCACAAAACCCAAAGUCCCCAUCACAAGUGCAAGAUUAAUUAUUUUUUUAUAGUCAUUUCCUGACCUAAACACAGAUUCUUCUGUCAGAUAUUGCGUCAGUUGCUCCAAGAAGCUAAGACAGGGACCAGUCACAGUACAGUAGUUAGGGUGCAUACACCAAGCUUGAGUUUGAUUCCCAGUACCACAUGUUCCCACAAGCACUGCAGAGGUGGCUCUGGUUUCCCUGAAACCAGAGUGCUCAAGUAGCAUCACUUUCUUGGCCCUUGAUUUGAACUGCUAACUUGGCUGCCUGAGAAUCACCAGUGAGGCUCCCUAGCCUACUGGGCACCACUUGGGAGCCCCCCAGACCUUGCACCCCCCAGAAAAAGGAGGGGAAGAAGCUAAGGGCAAAAAAUUCUUUGGUCAAAGUCCUGUUCUUUACUGCAUAACCCUUCACCCAAAUCCCCUAAACGUUAUUCCACUGCUUUGUCUGUGAUCGGGUUUAACCUUCCUCCCCUCUCCUGUUCUUCCUCUUCUUCCCUUCUGUCUUCUUCCCUUCUUUUCUCUCCAGUCUCUUUUCUUUUCUCCCCCAUUUUUUCUCCUCUUCCUUUUCCUCUUUGCACUUGAUAGUUUCUCUGUCUCUUAUAAUACUACAGUGCAGUUAUCAGAUAUUCAUGUUUCUGUUUGACCCCAGGACUUUCAUAGCAGUAGGUAAUCGAGGGCCAUGUCCUACAUUCCUUUGUCACAUUACUUUCAGUUAUUUUGUCAUAACGGAGAAAGAGAUGCCUUUAUAUUUUAUGACUUUGACACUUAUCAAAAACGUAAGCCAGUUUAUAUUCCAUUGUCCUUUUAUUUGAGUUCAGUUAGCCACAGCGGGUAGGCGUUUGCGUUGCGUAUGGCUGACCCAAGUUCUAUUCCUCCGUACCUUUCAGAGAGCCUGGCAAGCUACCAAGAGUAUCCCGCCCACACAGCAGAGCCUGGCAAGCUACCCAUGUUGUAUUCGAUAUGCCAAGAACACUUAACAAGUUGUCUCACAAUGGAGACAUUAAUGGUGCCCACUCGAGCAAAUCGAUGAACAACAGGAUUACAGUCUUAUGUUGCCUAGCACUGGAUAUUAACUUUGCUUGCUUAUUGCAAGUGGUUCUCGAGUGGAAAGUACUCUUUCUCUAUCAAGUAAUUAAUCUCUGAGGGAGAUGUUUUGAGACUAUAUAUAUAUAUAAAAUCUAAUCUAAAACUGAUUUUAAGUUUCAUGAUUAUUAGCAAAACAGUUAUUGCAAUCAUAGCUGUAAAUGGUAAUUUUGAAAAAGUUUCAUCUUGUGUCUGUAUUUAUUGCCAACUGUCUAUGUUAAGAACUUUACUUUGUCCCUGUUCCUUUUGUAACAUUUUUUUCAGUAUGAUCUCAUUCUCUUUAAUAUAUUUUUAUAUUUUUUUCAUUACUAUAGACUCAUUUUUCUGUUACUCAGUGUUUACCACACACAUCUUUAAUAUAUUACAGUCUAAUUUCAGCAUAUAUAUGUAUAUAUAUCACUUUACAUAUAGCUUAAGUCAUUGAUUUUCAAUAUUUACCUUUGUAGAGCAAAACCUGUCCUUGGACUCUGAGCUGAAAACAACUGGUUUAAGGAUUUAUUUUCUUUUCCUACUUCCCAGUCUUCAUAUUGUUACUGUUUCCAUUAAUUUUGCUACUUAGAUGUUCAUGUUUUUCUCUACUUCCUUGAAGAUAGGAAUAUUUGUGGCUAUUUUAACUAUCUACAAUGAUUCUCAAGUUAUUGAAAAUAUUCUCCUAGGUGACAUUUGGCAACAAUCUGAGAUAAUUUGGGUGUUGACAAUACUUUUCUAGUGGCUGUAGUCCAUAGGUACUGGUAUUAUAUUUAACAAAAUGUAUAUUUAGCAAAAUGUCAACAGUACUUUGGUGGAAAAAUCUUAAUUUGGGACUCACUUGGUCCCAGUAAGGCAUUGCCUUUCUCUACAUAAUGUUUUGCCUAUUAGGAAGUCUUUGAAUUUUUUUCAAUUUUUGUCUGAUGAAAACACAAACUAGACCUGGUCUUGUGAGUACCUGGAAUUACUCUUCCCACACCUUCUUGGUAGUUUUUUCUGCUGGCAUUUAUGGAUUCUUCAUACCAACACCAAAGAUGGUGAUAUAUUUCUGCUCACAUUCUUUCUGUACAGUUUGCUUCACCAGGUCUUAGCACACUAACCUGUCUGAAUGCUGUCUCUUCUUGGAACACUACUUUAGGGUUUUUUCCCAGUGCACUACAUAAUCCUUUGGAAACUCUUGAGACAGGAAUUGGUGCACUUAAAGGACUCACUUGUUUUCCUUCUCUCACCUACUACUAGUUUGUGUACCAUUUUGUUCACUGCAUAAAAAGCAUCAUUUUGUACUUUUCACUAGUGGGAACUUCCUCAUGCUGUCACUGAUGUCUUGUUGACAUGUAAAUCUUGUUGAUAUAGAAGAUCUUGAGUUCUCUAACAGAUGAUUUCCAUUGUCCACAAUUUACACAGAAGUUUUAGAACUGCCAAAUUACUCCUUUACAACACACAUCUACUAAACAAAGUUCAGUAUAUGUUUGGGCUUCUUUUUACUUCACCCUCAAGGGUAUAUGGUUUCAAAAACUGAGUUUGAAACUUACUUGGGGUGAAGACAGCAAAAUAGCAGAGUAAAAUAUCCAGAUAUUCUUUUCAUAAAAAAUGAGAAAACUCUAAAUCGUCACAGAAGAAUAGUGAUCUUUAGGAAUCCUAAUUUGUCCUGGUUUUGCCUCCUUCCCAAGAACCAGCAUACCUGUCAGCCACUGAAUAGGACAAGCAGGGUUCUAGAUAGUUUAAAAUACAACCCUGGAGAAUUGAGAAUUUUCAUUUUUUGACCAGUUUGGUAGUUCACUGGAAAUUUCACACAUAGCUCCACCCCACGCCAACCGAAUCUCCUCAAACACAUUUUGACUAGGAGCUUUCCCUUAGAUCACUUUUUAAAGAAAAUUAGAAACAAUUGUUUGGCAUUAUUACUGCCUGAGGUUGGGGCAAAAGUUAGGCAGAAAUAUAAAAAUCUGGAGAAUUUAGCAUUCUUAGGACUUUGACAAACUGAUAUAGUUCUUGGAAUUAGGGAAUAACGGGCAUGCACAGGCUUUUGUAAAUUCAGGAAUGGCCCAAGAGGGUCCUAAAUUCAGGGGUUGAAAAGUAAUUAAUAGAAACUAAAAAAUCCAUCAGAUGGGUCUAGCAACAGAUUGAAGCAAGCAGAAGAAAGAUUUGGUGAGCCUGAAGAAAGGUCAAUCAAAAAUAUCUAGUACGAGGAAGAAUCAAAAAGCAAGUGAGCAAAUCCAAGCAAGGAGACCUUCAAACACUGAGGUACAAACAAUGUGUGGGCUAAAGCGGGACUCAUGAUUAAGCAUUUCCACUCAUAGUUGAACACCACAAGAGAACUGAAAACAUGUGCAGACAAAAACGUGAACAUUCAGUAUAACCGUAAUUUAAAAGCAGAAAGAACCCCAAUUCUGUCAGAUGAGGACUGGAUAAACUAUGCUCAUCUUGGAAAAGUAGAAAGCAAUUGAUCUUUGAAUCACAGAGGCUAGGGAAUAAUCUCCCCUCAGCCCCCCAUUCCUGUGUAAUUUUUCCCUUUUCCCUUUGUUGUUGCUACUGAUAUUGCUGUCUCAGGGCUACAUAUUUGGUUGUGUUACUAUCACACACAUUUUAAUCCUCUGCAGGGCACACUUGGUUUCAGUAUGCUAAGGUUUGCUCACUUGUAGCAGUGGCCAUGUGCAGGGUAGCAAUGUGUAGUAAUGCCAGGAAUCAAAAUUGUGGCCUUGGGACUGGAGAGCUAAUACUGUGAAUAGUAUUGCUUGCCAGGAAUUAGUUCUGAGCACCACAAGGUGUGACCCAAAAGGACAAAAAAAAAAAAAAGGAAGAAAGACAAAAAUCUUGACCUUAAACUUACAUGACAGGUACACUUUCAGUCGAUCCUAAGCCCCCAAAUAAUAACCUUUUUACUUUUUCCCAAAAUUUAGUCUACUAUUGACAAGAAGCCUUGCUGAUAGCAAUUCAUGUACAUAUUCAGUGUGUAAAGGAUAUUAUAUACUGUAUUUAAUAAAACAUGCUAAAGAAAACAUUAAGAAAAUUCUAAAGAAUGUGAAAGACAUUCACAGUACUAAAUUGUCUCAGUAUCAUGAAUUUGCAUUGUCGGUUUAUAGGAUAAGACUCAGUUCAACCCCAUAUUGAAGAUCAUACUGUAGUUAGAGCCUAACAAUAUUGCAUAUAUGUGUAUGUAUAUAUACGUAUAAACAUAUACACAUGUAUGAAGCUUCAGCUGCAAUCAUCUUUCGCCAAAUAAAUCUUGCUCUCAUAAAGUUCAUCUGAUGCUGGGUAGUUUGCACAGAUGUAUUACAUACAGUCAUGCAGGAAAUAGAAUAUUUAGUUUUAAAAUCUGCCUUGCAAGAUUGCCCCGUGCGGCAACAUCCAACUACACAGAUUCACCAUUUUAGAUUUCUUUUGGUCCAUAUUUGUUACAAAUAAAGGUUGUGCUGUC